CCCGGCUAUCGGCAUCAGUGGCUAGGGUAUGAGAACUCGCCUUGGGCCCUUUGCAACAUACGACGUCACAACGUCAUUCGAAUCCGCUUCUAUCGGCAUCUUCUCAUACUCUACCUCUGCCAAUAUCAAGCCAGCUUCUUUGUACUUGUACCCUGGUUUUCUCCAUGCUUUCAGCCCCAGUUUCCACGCAUCCUCCUUUCCUACUACUACACUUUUGCAUAUUGCAACAACUUCGACACCGACAACCAUCACU